CCCCAACAGGUGCACUCUGUAAUUCUCGUCACUCUCUUCAUUCGUAAUAUCAGUGGGUGCGAAGUGAAAUCGCGUCUCCGCUCAUUGCAACAUCACCCAGGCCAAAUGAGAGGAACUUCUUGUAAUCUUUAUGGUAACGGCCAACAGCUGCUCUUCUUCCCAGUUGGGGCUUCCUCUAUUUGCCUUUCAGAAAGUGGAGCGUAGGGCAUUCCGCCCGCAGUUCUGGCCAGUGUGUCACUCCGACGGAGUCCCUUGACCAGCUCUGAGCCCCCCGUACAAGUUUCCCCUCAUACGGGACCUGUGGGCCACUCCCACGGGGCCAAAGGAAGGUGCUUCCCACAGCCUAUAGCAAUCCUAGGAUUCCCAAAUCAUGCUCACUGGCAGUCACUAAUGCCCUGAGUGUCCAUUAAUAGCACGUAUUGUAGAAUACUGCCUGGGCGGAGACUUCCACUGAGCAUGUCCAUCACGGAGGACGAGGAGUGCUGGGUGCAGCUGGAGGACUACAGGCUGCUGCUCAUUAAGACCAUCGAGCCAUCUCGCAUCACACCCUACCUGCGUCAGUGCAAGGUUCUCAGCAGCGAGGACGAGGAGCAGAUCUUCAACGACCCCAGUCUGGUCAUCAGGCGCAGGAAAGUGGGCAUGCUGCUGGACAUCCUGCAGAGGACCGGACAUAAAGGUUAUGUGGCAUUCCUGGAAAGCCUGGAGCUGGAUUAUCCUCAGCUGUACCGCAAGAUCACAGGGAAGGAGCCGGCUCGCGUUUUUUCCAUAUUAGUGGACACGGCAGGGGAGUCGGGGCUGACCCAGUUCCUGAUGAGCGAAAUGACUCGCCUACAGAAGGCCCUGCAGGAGGAGCGUCUGCACAGACAGGAGGUGUCUGCACGCAUGGCUGCGCAGCAGGACACGAUCCGGCAGCAGCAGGUGCGGGAGAGCGAGCUGCGGAAACAGCAGGAGCGCGUGUGCCGCAUGAGGGAAGAGAGGGACAAGCUGGUGGCGGAGGCCAGACACCUGAAGGACGAGAAUUACAACCUGCUCCGUGAUGUCACCAGGCUGACGGAGGAGAAGAGCAAAGCACUCAUGGACGCCCGCGAUUUGCAGAUGGAGAUCGAGAGGCUGAAACAUAGUCUGAUGAACGCAGAGAGCGACUCGAAGAUUCAGCGCAAGCGGACUGUGACCCUGAAGAACGCUAUGGAGAUGCGGCCCAGCCAGGAUGCAGUGUGGCACGUGGAGAAGGAGAAUGACCUUCUCAAAUGCCGAGUUGAGGAGCUAGAGAAUUGCAUCCAGACAGCAUCAGGUUCAGCACAAGCAGAAGAGGCCAAGCUGAAAAAUCAGUGUAUGGAGUUCUGUAAGCAGAGGCAAGCACAGCACCAGGAGCUGGUCAACAGUCUCUAUGCCUUGCGGAGGGAACUGCGCAGCACAGAGGAGCUCCGGGACAAGUACAUGAAUGAGAAGGAGGUAUGGGAGUUGCAGUGUACCCUACUAGAGAAAGACUGCAAGAUGUAUCGCAACCGGAUGGAAGACAUUGUGAAACAGAUGGAGGAGGUGAUAGCAGAGAGGGACAAGGCGAUUCGUACCAGAGAGGAGUACCACAUGGAGAACUGCCAGAACAUCCAAGCUAAGGACCAGUAUCGGAAGCAGAUCCAGGAGCUGGGCGAGCGAUGUGAUGAACUACAAGUCCAGCUGUUCCGAACGCAAGGCAAGGUCAUCUCACUGGAGGGGAAGCUACGCCAGACAAGUUCUCCUGCAUCUCCACAACUGGCUUCAGACAUUGAAGAUGGACCCUUACAAAGCUGGCUAGAGAAGAGCCAGACGAGCGAGGAGGAGAUCAGGGAGAUGUCUGGCCCAGGUUCGAGUGAGGAACCUCGGAGUCUGCUGCAGGACAACCCCCAUUCCCAAGAUGUAAGACGUGCUUCCUAUCCCCUUGAGGAUAUGAUGAAAUCCAAGGAGAAGCCCAACAGGAGACCUAGAAUAUAUAAUUUCAACUACAGGAGACAGCUUGCAGUGAAGUCAAAGACCACUUGCAAGAAAGAGUUCGACCUGGACAACACGUCAGGGAGUGACAAUACCGACACGGAGGGCACGUCCCCCUGUGAGGGAGGGAGAUAGGCUUUGCUCUGCGUGUGACACCAGGAGAGACAUGCAAGAACAUUAUUUGUAUUAACUGGUCUCCCCCUCAUGUUCAGAUUAAAUUAAGACUGUAUGUUGGGAAGGUUUUUUUUUUUUUUUAUUCAGAUAGUGGGAAAUCUAGCAGUCGAGAUGUGUGUGAAUAUUUUUAAGAAUAAACAUCCUUCUUAUGUUUUUGGCAGCCUAAUGCUUUUUGGAUA